AGGAUUUUCAAAUCACCAUCUCUAUUGAUGGUUCCCCGACGAGUUUUCUUUAUUCUUAUUUGUUUCUUUUAGAAAGGAAUGGAGACACACGAAUGCGAACGUUUGACCAUCGAUCCAGUUUCUUGUUUUCAUUCUGUUCUUAGACGUAAGAGAAAUAAGACGAAUGAAUUGUCGUCCCGAGGAGAUUGUAACGCGCGUGCGCUAGAUCGCAAAUGAUCGAGAAAAAAAUAAAAAAGAAAUAAAAAUAAAAAUAAAAGUAGCUCAUUAAUAGUUGAUGUAAUCAUAAUAGUAGUAGUAGUAUUAGUGAUUAAAAUAUGCAUAACGAUACCAAUAAGAAUCGAACGUAAAAGUGAACAAACUGUUGAAUUUACAUGAGUUGACGUCAAUUUUUUGUGUAUUAUAGUUAAUGUGUGACGCGUGUUUCUAUGUGUACUGUUAUGUCAAAGUAUAUUACGAUUUGUCGAUAUACUUUUUUCAAUUUACUUAUCAAGAUAAAUAUAGAUCGAAACUCAAAUAUCCAAAGUCCGUAUUUUUCAUCAUCAGCAAUGAAUUCUGCGAGAGAUUUUCUUUUUAUGGAAUGCGUACGGUCCUUACGUUAUAUCUUGCAAAUACUUUGAAUUACGAUGCUAGCACUUCGACCGUCAUCUACCAUGUCUUCUCUAUGUUUGUUUAUUUUUUUCCAUUAUUCGGAGGCAUACUAGCUGAUUCCAUAUUAGGAAAAUUCCGUACAAUAUUCUAUAUUAGUAUAAUCUAUGCUGUGGGACAAUUUUUAUUAGCCUUAAGCGCUGUACCGUCGAUAGGAAUACCACCAAGGGAAAUUGCGUUACUAGGUUUGUUUCUAAUUGCUGUUGGUUCCGGUGGUAUAAAACCUUGUGUAGCAGCAUUUGGUGGAGAUCAAUUUGUAUUACCGCAACAGGAACAACAACUUUCUAAUUUCUUUUCCGUAUUUUAUUUCUCAAUAAAUUCGGGCUCAUUGAUAUCUAGUUUUCUUACACCAAUAUUACGAAGCAGCGUGACAUGCUUUGGCGAGAAAACAUGUUACUCUUUGUCUUUUCUAAUACCAGCUAUAUUGAUGUCUAUAUCGAUCGUGAUAUUCGCAGUUGGUAAACCGUUGUACAAAAUAGUUGAUCUCAAAGGCAAUGUCGUUGUCGACGUUUCUAAAUGCAUCUGCUACGCUAUUAAGAGGAAGAUAAAAUCAAAGGAAAAGAUGGAUCAUUGGCUUGAUUAUGCAGCAGACAAAUAUGGUCAACAAUUAGUCGACGAUAUCAAAGAUUCUUUAAGAGUAUUAAAGAUGUUUCUACCUUUGCCAAUCUUUUGGGCACUUUUCGAUCAACAAGGAUCGAGAUGGACAAUCCAAGCAUCGAGAAUGGAUGGUGAAAUCGGUAAUUUUUUGAUACAACCAGAUCAGAUGCAAGUAUUUAAUCCACUUCUGGUUGUGAUUUUCAUUCCCAUCUUCGAGAUUUGCAUUUAUCCAGUAUUUGCCAAAAUUCGUCUACUUAAUACGCCAUUAAAGAAACUUACAAUUGGUGGUUUAUUGGCUGCAUUAUCUUUCGUUAUAUCUGCUAUUGUUGAAUUACAACUUGAGAAAACAUAUCCAAUAUUGCCUACAGAAGGAGUGGCCCAAAUAAGAAUUUUCAAUACCAUGAAUUGUAAAAUACCGAUAAAAAUCAACGAUAAAAAUUACGAUAUUGAUGGUCUAGAUUAUUGGAAAGACAUAAACAUCGAUACUACUAAUGGCGAUGCUAAUUUAGAAUGCACCUUUUAUAUGGCGGAGUGCAUUGCGGGAAAGUUCAUCAAUAAUCAGAAUAAUGAUAUAAUCUCGCGUAAUCUCACGAUACCCAAUGCUAAAGCAAUAUCGUUUGCUAUAACACCAAAUGGAGUCCAAAAUGGCUUCAAUGGCGGAAUUGAAAAACCAAAAAAAGGUCUUCCUAUAGUUCAUAGUCUUAUUUAUUUAUCUCCAGAAUCAAUAAAAAGUUACGAAUCUAGCUUGAACUUUUAUAAAGAUUCGAAGCUCGUUGAAGUUAUUAAAUUAAAUAAAACAAUUUUCAAGGAUACGUCAUUAGAUGAAGUUACGCCAGAUAAAUAUGAUAUAUAUUUUAAUAAAAAGAAAUUAUUAUCAAAUAAGGAUUUUAAAUUAGGCGGAGUAUACACUAUUAUUGGCUACGACUUACCAGAAAUACAAAAAACGGAAAUAUCGAUUAUUACUGUAACACCUCCUAAUUCCAUGCAUUUGAUGUGGCUAUUACCACAAUACAUUGUCAUAACUAUGGCAGAAGUAUUAUUUUCAGUAACUGGAUUAGAAUUUGCAUUUACACAAUCACCUCCUAGCAUGAAAUCCUUAAUGCAAUCUUCUUGGUUACUUACAGUAGCUUUCGGCAAUCUUAUUGUUGUUAUUAUCGCAAAGGUAUCAUUCUUCAAUAGGCAGGUUUACGAAUUCUUCCUAUUCGCAGGUUUGAUGUUUGCGUUCAUGAUAUUAUUUAGCAUAAUGACACUGUUUUAUAAAUAUACGGAUGUACCUGAAACAGAUGGGGAAGAUAUCGUAUUGGAAGAAAAAAAUGGAACGAUUAAUCAAUCGUACAAAGAUGACGAACAAUGAAACAUACACAAUAAAUCUUUAAAAUAAUGAAACUUAUAC